AUGGAACGCAACUUUGCCUUUGUCCCACCACCCUUCCUAGGCACGUCGUUUCGACAAAACCAUCAGAUCCGAUCGCUGAAAUCCAACUCCUACCCUUUCCUAUCAACCCAUCGAUCGCUGCAACCGUCCAGCUCGCACACUUCGCCAUCGACUGCACUGCUAGCAUCCCGCUCCCUGCUGCCUGGAUUCGCACGUUCGAACCUCACCUCCUUCCGACGAAAACAUCUUCGAAGAUGUUAUGAUCUGCUCCAUCUGAGCAUACAGCGGGGGGAAUGGGCGGUUGCGGGGAAGUUUCUGAAGGCGUUGAUGGCAGCACACGAGUGGACGGAUGACUCGCUCUGGCGGAUCGCCUUGUUGAUCCUCUCACACUCUGCACAUGAUGAGGCGGAAGGAGAGAGGGGCAAGAUCGCUUAUCUUCAGCAGCUGGACCUCGAAUCAAGCGCACCGUUCAAAGCAACCGCUACGACUCCCAACCUCAUCCGCGCGUACAUCGCCUCGAACAGGUUGAACGACGCAAUCGAGCUUCUGGAACAACGCGUAAAUGUUCACCCGUACAAAGCACAACCUGAACUUCAUACUAUGCUGGGUAUGCUGUAUUUGUUCAUUGGAAUCACAAGUUUGCUCAACACGGAAGGAUCGGAGGAAGGAGUAGAGUUGAGAAAGUUGGAUAGGUCGACGAAGGGAAGAGCGAGACAUUGUUUCGAGACGGCACUGCAGGCGAAGGAGGGGUGGGUGAGGGGUGAGAAGGGGAGGAGGCAGAGGAUAUGGGGGAUGAGGAGGAGGGAUGUGGAUGGGGAUCAGGCGUGGGUCAGCGGCAAGAGGGGGGUGGUGUGGGGGAGAGAUUGGGAAGAGCAGGAUUGGGAGAAGGAGGAACACGAGGAUCUGAAGCGGGUCAGGAGGAGGUUGGACGGCGAAGAGGUAGAAGAGAAUGAGAUGAGCGAUGCGGAAAGCAGUGCUUCUGGAUCAUUGUAUUCGGACCAUCCGGUGGAGAGCAGCGAUGACGAUGGGGAAGAGGACGAGGAGGAGAGAGGUAGAACGCGCUCCCGACGCACACUUGAUUCAGACGAAGAACAAGAUCCAUCGAACGAAGCUAUCGGCCAGCAAAAAGGCCCGAAAGCGUGGUCCGCAGCCUGGCCGCAAGUCUCGUCGUUCUUCACACCAGAUCCUCCCCUCGCCUGCCAUCUCGCGGAGCAGUUUCUCACCCUACUCGGCAGACCCUCGUCUUCUCAAUACGCUUCACAAUCCACCGCUACUACACGGGAUCGCGACACUCCACGCCGUAGAAGAGCGGAUGGUACCCCAAGGUCGGCACGGCAAUGCGAUGGAGGAGCAGAGGAAGACACGCAGAGCGAGGCAAGCGCGGGUGUGAGGAUGGACGGGAUUCAGUUGACGAGGGAGGAGGCGGAGGCUAGGUUGAGGCGGAUCCUGUUUGAGGAUGCGGAGCCGGGAAACGUGGAUGAAGGGUUGAGCGGGAGCGUGAAGAGGGAGAGGAAAAGGGAGAAGGUGAUUGUGGGUGGUGAGGUGGAUGAAAGGAGGGAGAAGAGGAAGAGGAAGCAAGAACGUGAUCGCGCAGGGGGCAGCGGCAAACGUCGACGACGAGAAGAACGUUUCUAG